AUGUCCAACAACAAACCUCCCAAUUUUUUCCGCCUUCCCGGCGAGAUACGCAACCAGAUCUACGAGUCCCUCCUUGUCUUUCCGGAGCCCAUCAUCAUCCAUACCGACGAAGAAUGGAACAAUCAUACCAAGGACGGCGACAAGUCCAAGAGUGGUGCAGUGGUGCGGGUGCACCUCGACAACGCCGACGAGCGAAAGCGCUGGCCGCUCUCCUCCCGCCUGCUCACCGUCUUUCUCAUCUGCAAACAAAUCCACUCGGAAGCCAGCGCCGUCUUCUACUCGCACAACCAAUUCCGGGCACCACCUGCCCUGUGCCGGUUCCCCUCCGCCCAACUGCAGUCCAACUAUGUCAUGCGCGGCUUCAUCGACCGAAUUGGGACGCGCAACCUGACCUGUCUCCGCCACUUGUGCAUCCCGUUCCCGCUUGACUCGGGGGCGGGGCAGCGAUAUCUGGACUGGCCGACACGCCGGUCAUUCGACGGCCUCCUGGGCCUCUCUCCGGCCAAGCUUGAUGCUUUGGUCUUUGGCGCUAACGUGGUGCCCGGUGCACUGCCGAGUCUUUGGCGGAGGUGUCCGAAUAUUGAGGUUAUCGAGUUCGAUCUCAGCUGGUCUGGGCCAGGUCAUUCAUUUUGGAAGAUUCGGCCGCACGACCGCGAGAUUUUGCUUGGCAGCAUGGACACGGCGCUGCGGGAGGAGUUCACGCGGCUGAGGGAGAUCGUCGUGAAUUUUCACUACGACGGGCCGAUCCGGGAGAUCAGCGAGUCGUGCGAGGCGUUGAUGGAGGAGAUGCGCGGAUACGGAUGGAAGGUCGAGGUGCGCGAUUGUAGCGGCGACAAGGAUGAGCGGUUGAGGAUCCCGUACUGGUAUCAGCCGUCGCCUAGUUCGCACGGCUUUCGGUGGACCGGCGGAUGGGAAGACUACAGCGCUGCGUUUGCGAGCACUGGCACUCAGGACGACGACGCUGACGACGACACUGAGCAUGUGAAGCCUACGGCUGAGCGAAAACGGCAGUUUGCGAAGGACAUCGGACGAAAGAUUGUGCGGUCUCGGGCAUUCGGAUGGAGCGCAAUCGUGAUCUUUUCGCCGACGAUUCCUGUGCUUAUGGCUAUCGAUAGCAUCAACAAGAGGAGGAGGAAGCGGAAGAACGAGAAGCUGAGUUCAGGGCAAUCGACUGCUAGCAUCUCGCAUCAUGGUUCGGUUCGGGAAUUCCGGUAG